AAUCAACAUAAUAGAAUUCCGAAUUGUUCGGCUUCGUUCGCUUUUGUACAUAAUAAAACCUGACAUCGUUACACAUGCAUCAAAAUGAAUCACUCGGAAAAGCCAUUCGCUUGCACAACCGAAGGCUGCAAUAUGAGUUUUGUCAACGAAGAUCAUUUAACCGUCCACAAAAAGAAGCACGACAUGAUGUUGAACCUUGGAAUUAAUAACAAGACCAAUUUUUUCAUUGCUGAUCAAACGCCAACACCUACAAGAUUUAUAAGAAAUUGUGAAGAAGUUGGUCUUUUUCAAGAUCUUCAAAAUGACAAUCCUUUUGAAGAAACUUUUCGAAGAGCUGUUGAAACUGGAAAAAGUGGAGUUCUUACUAUACCUGACGUUGACAAUGAUGAUACACUCCAUACUCCAAGUAUUUUUUCUUCUAUUACGACUGAAUGCAAUGCCUCUAUUGCAAAUACAACUACAAGCAUUCACAUUGUAAAACCAGAUAUAAAACAUCAGACAGAGUUAUCGUUGAUAACAACCCCAAUAAUUAAGGAAACAAAUGUUGAAACUAAAGUGCAAUAUGUAGAAAAAAAUGAUGAAUCAUCUAUAGACACUGUUUUGAAAAAAACUCAAACCGUACAACCUACCUCAGAAAUAUUAUUGUCAGAUAAUAGUAAUUUAGUAAAACCAGAUGCUUUACCUAUCGAUGAUGCAGAAAUGCAACUUCUACUAAAAAUACAGGAUGGAAAGGUUUUAAGAUUUAUUGCUGCACCUGCAGCUGAACUACAAGAAGAAACUAUGAAGCCACAAAUGAAUGAACUAAUCGAGAGUAAAAUUACUGUUAAAAGUAAUUCCAAUAAAUCAAAAACAAAUCCAGAUCAAAAAUUGUGUGCAGCUAAAAUAAAGUUGAAGCAAGUGCUUCCAAAAAAUGGUACUGUGAUUGAAGACAGAGCAACACAAAAUAAUAAAAAUGAAAACAAACUAGUCGAACACGUAAAAGAAAAGCGAUAUAAUCACAUUGACCUUUACAGAAAACAAGCUAUUUUAGAAAGGAAUCGGGCUAGUUCAAUGCGAGCUCGAGCAAAGAGAAAAGCUUGGAUAGAACAAUUGCAAGAUUCUUUAAAAACUGCAAAUCAAACAAAUGCAAAUUUACAGGCUCAAGUAAAAUCCCUUCACAACCAAGUUGCAAAAUUAAAAACAUUGUUAUUAGCUCAUAAAGAUUGUCCUGUAACAAAAGCUAUGGAAGGAGGAAAUGGAAUAAUAGUUGGUUCUAAAAUAUUGACAAUAAACCCAGAUGAAAUGAAACAAAUUCCAGUUAUGUCAAGAGUGGUGCAGUCUAUAAAACGUCUCAAUACGGAAAAAUUAAUAGUGCCGAAAAAGAAACCACUGAUAUUGUCUUGCGUAAAAACUCCUAUCAUCUUACCAAAAUCGAACUCUACAGCAAAUACUAUCACUCUUCAUGGACCAGAUUGCAUUAAAACUAUACCUACCAUCAGUAUUGUUUCACCACUUGUUACGCAGACUUCUACUACUAAACAGAUUUUAAGUUUUAUGCCUACUGAUGUCACAGAAGUUUCUUUGGCACAAGAUAGUCCUAUUAUAGAGCAUGAGGAUUUAAAGAAAGAUAUAAUUUCUGAGAAUACUAUAACAUGAAGCCACAAUGUGGUUAAGUGAAAGACUGGUAUAUUAUUAAUUGCUAUAACUUUGUAUGGAAACAAAAAAAAGCCAAAAAUGUGAUACUAUUUAAUAAUUUAUAAAGUAAUGUAUUUGAUGUAAAAAAUUUGUAAUUAUUUGUUUGUACAGUUUUUUUUAUAUUUAUAAAAUAACUUAAGCAUCAUAUCAUUUCGAAAGAUAUUUUUUGAAAGAAUUAAUUUA